AUGGCCCACCGCUCCCAUUCCAACACCUCAAUAUCAACACGAAGCAACCGACCCCUUUCCCGAGCAUCGACUACAAGCAUACACUCCUUCGAUCAGCACGAUCAGUCGCACGACUUCCAGACACAGUACACCCACCAGUCAGCCCUCACAAACACCUACCCGACGCAGUUCGGUCAAGCUUAUGCUCCCCUUGAACCCGCCUUGCUACAAGCCGCACAGCAUGCGAGCCAACAGGAAAGCAUAUCCAUCGACUCUGUUCAACGCUUGAUGUCCUUCUCUGCCGAUCCCAGCCAGCAAUCCGCCGCACAACACCCCACGUCCCAGCAACCUUACGACGCAAGCCAGGCCGCCCACGCCCUCCAAGCAGCCAUGUCCCAACCCCCGCAGCAGCUCAUGGGAACUCCCAUGGAAUCCGAUGAAAAGAAGAAAAAGGGUUCAGCUUCGGCUAGCGCAACAAACGACAAGGAGCUUAGAGAGAUGCUCGCUAAGAACGAAGGACGCCGUCUGGAAGACGUGGCUGCCGAAGUGAUUGCAACAGACCGCACUUCCAAAGCUGAAAAGUCGAAGCAGCUGUUCGCGAUGCUUUGGUUGAAAUCCGUUUGCAGGGUAGCAAAAACCUCGGUGCCGCGUAACCGCGUUUAUUCAAGAUAUGCCGAUCGAUGCGGUACAGAGCGCGUAAUCCCAUUGAAUCCAGCAUCUUUUGGAAAGCUUGUCAGGGUCAUCUUUCCAGGCAUACAAACAAGACGUCUUGGCGUGCGAGGAGAAUCAAAGUAUCACUAUGUUGAUCUUGCGCUUAUUAACGACGGCGAGGAGAGAGAUGAUGGCCGCCGACCAGGAACAUCACACAUGACUCAUCACGAUUUGAAGCGGCAGGCCUCGAUGGGUCCCAAAAUUGACUUCAACUCCAUGCCGCGACUACCUGCAGAUACUGCCGUAUUCCCCCAGGAACAGGCAUUCGAAUCUCAGAGCGGCUUUGUCGCCCAAACUUCAUCGAAAGGAUUGCUCUUCACCGACAUCUACUCGGACCAGUAUCGUUCUACUGCAGGCCGUCAAACAUCUGACACGUAUGAGUACGAGCUGAGAUUUGCGACAUCGGAACAAAUGGCGCCAGAAGAACCUGCAGCUCUUAUGCUGCCUGAUAUCACACCAUACCUACCCCCCAGAACAGAUCCCGACGCUGCUCAGGCGCUAGUCGCCCUGUACCGCACCCAUUGCACCUCGCUUAUCGACUCUGUCCGAUUCUGUAAAGAGAAGCAAUUCUUCCGUCUCUUCUCUUCCUUUCACGGGACACUUACGGUGCCGGUGCAGAAGCUGUUUGCUCAACGCGAGGUUGUACCGUGGAUACGAGAGUGUGACUGGAUCAUGUACCAGAAGAUGAUACGAAACCUUUCCCAACUUACCUUGCAGGUUGCCCCUCCACCCGUCCUGAAGUUCCUCGACAAUGUUGAGAAGAAUCUACGGCCUCACCUCUGCAAGGUUUUCAGCAGCCUCCCCAUCCACGUUUUGGAAGCGAGACUUGAGCCUGCCACGUUGUUCGCACACUUGCUUCGACAGAUGCUCCGCGUCAACUCGACCGCCCAUGCCGCCGCAGUAUUACUAAUGUCCGAUCAGAACCGCGACCAGAUGUGGGCUGAUUGGAGAAGGCUGGUGAACCUCAAAAGAAUCAUCGAGAACGAACUUCCGCAUAGUUGCGGGCACGAGGCCGUUUACAACAUACUAAACACCGAGAUAAGAGGAAUGCUCCUCCCUCUCCGCACAGAUGUUUGGUUACCGGACGGUACAUUCUAUCAGGAACCAGUGCAGGAUGCCACGGAUCUUACAAACGAAACCGUCAUCGACCGGAUCGCCGCGUUCCUCACAAGACUGCCCUCCAGAUUUCCGCAUGUACCUGCUCGCACGAUUCUCCACUGUGUUAAUGCACUGGGGUCCGCCGCUCUCCGGGAGAUUACAGUUGAGAACGGCCAGAGCUUUCAAGGCUGGUGGCUUACGAAAGUUUUCAUCGACGAAAUGGGCCAGUGGUUAGCGUCCUUGGGCGGGUUCCUUGCCCACACUGCCCCAAACUGGAGUCCUCUGUCCUACUCCCCUACACUUGUGGACCAGCCCACUGAUGCUGGCAAUGAGGCGAGCGGGAGCAACAACGACAGUCGAUUUAGCAGUAUUGACGCAGAAUUCGGUCCCAGCCAAAACCAGAGCUUUGUGGCAAAUGGGAACCCUGCCAUAUCUGCGGCUGGUGAUUCCAACACAGAAAUUACUGCUCGACAGUUUACUCAAUCCUAUGAUCAGAUGAGCUUCAAUUUGGAUCUCGACCUUGCGACUUCCCAGCAAGAACCGAGUCACGAUGAUAGUGGCAUCCUCCUUGAGGAGCACAUGGAUACGAAAUAUGCGCAGACCGUGCACCAGGCUUUCAAGUCGCAUCUUGCGCACCUCCCAGCUGGGGUCAGCUAG